GUGCAUUUUCUCCUGAUGAGUCAUUUGACAGUUGUCGUUUUUUGUAAUUUGUUCUCAAACUGGUUAAACAUAACCUUGUUGUGGUUUUUGAUGUGUUAUUUUAAAGAGAAUGUCUGUGCCAAACAUGUCUAAUAAUCUGAUUCAGCCACAGAAUAUCGUAAUUAACCAAGUUCCAAUACCUCACGCAAUCAUGACCAACGUUAACGCAAACAAUGGGAUUCCUCUGACUGCGUUAACGCACGCCCCAUCAACAGUCGAUCAGUCAAACGACAUCAAAACGGGCAUAGUUGUAGAAACAAUUCCAAUGGCAGGGGCUAAUCUCGUUGGAGUACAAACAGUUCCUACGCCUGUAAAAUCGAUGCAGUCCAGCUCGGCUCUUAGUGAACAAGCCCAAAUCCUGACUAAACAGAGGCUGCAAGAUUUAGUUCGAGAUACGGAUGCUACGCUCAAUCUUGAAGACGAAGUUGAAGAAAUCAUCUUAAAUUAUGUAGACGAGUUCGUUGAUCGUUGUUUAAAUGGAGCUGCUUUGAUCGCGAAGAAUCGACAUGUGAAUACCAUAGAAGUGAAGGAUGUGCAACAAUUCCUUAACAGGAACUACAACAUGUGGACCCCUGGCUUUGGCACGGAUGAAUUGAGACCAUACAAGAGAAGUUUGACGACGGAAGCACAUAAACAACGACUAGCGCUUAUCAGAAAGACAUUGAAAAAGUAUUAGGAGUAAGGGUUUUGUUAAUACAAAGUACAACUAUGUAUUUAUUGCUAUAUUUAAAAUAAUAUAGGUAUAAUAUAAAUAUAUUUUCAAGUAGCAAAAUACAGCCAUCAAAAGUA